AUGGCCACUCCGGAGGUGCGGCUAAACCAUACAAUCUACAUCAACAACCUGAAUGAGAAAAUCAAGAAAGAUGGUGAGUUUAAAUUAAACAGUUUUAAUGUGUGUCUUAAAAUCAGCUUUAGGGGCUUUUAACUUAUUUUAUCCUUUUAUGUGUGUUUUUUUGUGUCAGAGUUGAAGAAGUCUCUCUACGCCAUCUUCUCCCAGUUUGGACAAAUUUUAGAUAUUUUGGUGGCACGAAACAUAAAGAUGAAGGGUCAGGCCUUUGUUAUUUUCAAGGAGGUGAACAGCGCCUCAAAUGCUCUGAGAUCCAUGCAGGGAUUCCCUUUCUAUGACAAACCCAUGGUAAGAAUCACCUACAUGUUCUCCCUUAGUUUAAAAACACUCAUCGACUAAAUUACUGCCUCUGUAAUUCGUGCUGGUUCUGAAGCUGUCUGUCUCCAUCUACAGCGCAUUCAGUAUGCUAAGCAGGACUCGGACAUAAUUGCUAAAAUGAAGGGGACUUAUGUGGAGAGAGACCGCAAAAAAGAGAAGAAGAAGAUCAAAGGACCAGAGUCAUCGGGGGCUAAGAAGGGUGUUCCUGGAGGGGCUGCACCCAUGGUUGCUGGAGUUCCUGCUGCAAUGCCUGUAAGUGGGGCUGUGAGUGUGUGGAAUGGAAAAAUCAAUGUUACUAACAGAGUCUGGCUACUUACACAGUCUAUAGAGCAUCAGUCAUGGUGUCAUGGAUGAUUAUGGUUAAAGGGAUAUUCCAGCGUAAAAUUAAUUUAGGGUCAAACACACCGUAACACAGAGUUAGACACCCCCUCGAGAGCUGAAUGUUGCCGACCGCUUGCUUCUCUAGUUAUACCAACUUUAGUAACGACCGCAGGAUAGCAAUACACACACUUUGCUAAAGAAAUUAGCAAAGUAUAAAAGAUGUUUGGUGGCUAGGACCCAAUAUGUACUGUUGAUGAAGUUAGGUGCUGUUCUGAGUAUUAUUUGUGGCUAUAGAGUGGCUUUUUGGUUGAGGUUUAUUUAUGGCUCCUCAGCCCGCUGUGUAUUGCUAUCCUGCGGUUGUUACUAAAGUUGGUCUAACUAGAGAAGCAAGCGGUUGGCAAUAUUAAUCUCUCGAAGAGAUGUCUAACUUGGCGUUACGGUGUGUUUGACCCUAAUUUAAUUAACAUUGGAAUACCCCUUUUAAUAGAGAAAGUGGUCAACCUCUGACUUUACCCUGUAGGGAAUGCCGCCUAUGAGCCAGGCACCCCGUAUGAUGCACAUGCCAGGACAACCACCUUACAUGCCCCCUCCCGGCAUGAUGCCUCCUCCAGGCAUGGCCCCAGGUCAGAUGCCCCCAGGUGCCAUGCCACCGGGCCAGAUGAUGCCUGGACAGAUGCCUGGACAAAUGCCCCAACAGGUACUGUGCCUCCUUUUCUAGCAUAUUGUCAUGUAAUGUUUAAACAUAGUUUAUUUUAUUUUAUUUUUUUGUCUUGACCUCUUUUAACUUUUGUCCUCAGGUUGCAGAAAAUCCUCCCAACCACAUCCUCUUCCUCACCAACCUGCCAGAGGAGACAAACGAGCUCAUGCUGUCCAUGCUCUUCAACCAGUCAGUAUCUACUGCUCUAACAAAUAUAUUACUGUUUUACAUUUCUCUUUUAUCCAUUUGCAAAGGACUGAUUCUGACUGUAUCAUUGUGCGUUUAGGUUCCCAGGGUUCAAGGAGGUGCGUUUGGUCCCAGGUCGCCACGAUAUCGCUUUUGUGGAGUUUGAGAAUGAAGUGCAGGCCGGUGCUGCACGUGAUGCCCUGCAAGGCUUUAAGAUCACACAAGCAAACGCCAUGAAGAUCUCAUUUGCAAAGAAAUAA